UGGCUCUCUGGUUGUAUGGUUACCAGCAGGCCGGGGUCCGGGCCAGGGUCCUGUCCCCGCCCCCCGCCGUUGCCAUGGCAGCGCGCACUCCCACAACACCCGCCCCGGAGCGGCGUCCAGAAGCGGUUCCGGCGGCAGCCGGGAGGGGGGCGCGGGAAGCGUGGAGAGCGGCUCCCUAGUGGCGGCGGCGGCGGCGGCGGCGGCGGCGGGACCCGGAAGUGCGGGACGGUGGGGCUGAGGGAACCGCGGGAUCCUUCGUACCCCAGAGCAGAGCGGCGGCCCCGGCCCCGGCGGGAGAGCGGCGCCCGGCCCGGCCGCUGCGGCCCCGGCAUGUUCAAAAACACGUUCCAGAGUGGGUUCCUCUCCGUGCUGUACAGCAUCGGCAGCAAGCCGCUCCAGAUCUGGGACAAAAAGGUGUGCAAUGGCUACAUCAAGCGGAUCACGGACAACGACAUUCGGUCACUGGUACUGGAGAUUGCAGGAACUAAUGUCAGUACCACAUACAUCACAUGUCCUGAUGAUCCAAAGGAGACUCUGGGCAUCAAGCUACCUUUCCUAGUGAUGAUCAUCAAGAACCUGAAGAAAUACUUCACUUUUGAAGUGCAGGUGCUGGAUGACAAGAACGUACGCCGGCGUUUCCGUGCAAGUAACUACCAGAGCACAACUCGGGUGAACCCCUUCAGCUGCACCAUGCCCCUGAGGCUGGAUGAUGGCUGGAACCAAAUCCAGUUCAACCUGUCAGACUUCACACGUCGGGCUUAUGGGACAAAUUACAUUGAGACCCUGAGGGUUCAGAUCCAUGCCAACUGUCGCAUCCGACGGGUCUACUUCUCUGACCGGCUCUACUCAGAGGAUGAGCUCCCAGCUGAGUUCAAGCUGUAUUUGCCUAUCCAGAACAAGGCCAAGAAAUAACACCACAUUGGGAAGAGGUGGAGGAAAUGUUUGGGGUCAGAAGGAAAACAAAUGCUCAUGGAAGUGAAGUGCCUCCAAAGAGGGGAUUCCUCCCAGCAGGAAUAGUGAGGUUAAGUGUGCCCUUUUGAAGAUACCAAUUUUAUUUUUUUCUUUCCUUGUUUUCCAUCUCUUAUUUUAUAUAUGCUCUAAAUAUGGAUGCAAAAUGCAUUCUUGGAAAAUUAUUAAACGUUUGAUUCCGUAAGUCUG